GCAGUAAGUAGUUGAACUACCACCCAGUCCUUAGCAACAAGGUCUUUGGGCGUCUCUACCAGGACUUGUCAUGAUUGUCUAAAAAGUUGCCACUGGUAGACUAUCUCCUAGAACACUAUUUACAUUACUCCUGCUGCACCGUUCUGUCCCUCUACCAAGGAGGAGUUGUGUCUGUUUACCUCUCUUCCACCAACACCGCCCCCGCCCCGCACGGUUUUCCAGGUGCGACAGGACUUAUUACGUGCCCGCAGUAGGCAACCGGGAAACCACCUGAGCUCCUGCAACCCCCCACCCUUUCCUUCGCCAUCAAAACAUGGCAUCCCUCAACCUCUCUACCAACGGCCCAUCAAUCACCAAGAGCUACCAGUCCAUAGUCAAUGCCCCUCCUCCUUCCGGUCCUGCCGCCGCCUCUCCCACAUAUGGUCAAUGGGCAGUCUUCUCAGUCUCGGCUCCUCUAGCCAAUGCCUUUCAACAGGACUCAGGCAAUAAAGAGAGCGUAUUGAAGGUUCAGACUACUGGCGAGGGCGAGUUGGUAGACCUGGUGGAUGAGUUCUCCGAUGGCCGAAUUCAAUUUGCGUUUGUCAGGGUCAAGGAUUCCAAUUCGGGCCUCCCCAAGAGUGCCCUAAUUGCCUGGUGUGGUGAAGGCGUUCCUGAACGGACAAAGGGUUACUUUACAAGCCACCUGACGGCAGUCGCUAAAUUGCUUCAUGGCUACCAUGUCCAAAUCACAGCCAGGUCCGACCGCGACCUCACCCCCGAUGGCAUCAUUCAGAAAGUUGCCGAUGCUUCCGGUUCAAAGUACUCCUCCAGCUCUACUGGUCCCCCACCUCCCGCCGCCACUAAACCAGCACUUGCUUCGAAACCGGUCUUCACCCCAACCCAGAGUAGCGGGACGCUGGGCGGGUACAGUCCUGCUGCACGCAGUCUACCAGCCAAGAAAGAUGUCAACGUAGAUGAGGAUGGAUGGGGAGAGGAUGCCCCUCCAGUCACUCGGUCACAGUUGGAAAAGGUUCAGCCUGCCUACCAGCCUACCAAGGUCAACAUGAGAGAUUUGACAUCUCAAAAGCCGGCACCAUCGGCCUUCAGCUCCAGUACAUCUGAUGAUCGGCCCGACGUCGUCAAAGGAGCCUAUCAACCCGUUGGCAAAGUGGACAUUGCAGCCAUUCGGAGACAGGCACAGGCGUCUGGGAAUACUCGAGAUGAGCGCCCAGAGAUUGUCAAGGGUGCAUAUGAACCGGUUGGUAAGGUUGAUAUCGCUGCAAUUCGAGCCAAGGCUCAGAAGCCCGACGAUGCGCCCAGUUUCUCCCGCCCAGCGCCAGUAUCGGCUGCUUCCACUGGCGCCUCGGACGAGCCUACUGAUGCUCCCAAAUCGCUUGCUGAGCGCUCAGCAGCAUUCUCACAAGGCCCAGAGCGCUUAACGUCGCUUCCCAAGCCUAAGGUUGCCAACAAAUUUGGCGGUGGCAGCUUUACAGGCACCAAAGCACCCACUCCGGGUGGGUUCGACUCAAAGCCUAGCGUCCCGACUCCUGUUGGUGCAGCCGGUCGGUCAUUUGCUGACUCGAGUGGCAAGACACCCGCGCAGCUUUGGGCAGAGAAGAAAGCUCGCGAGCGAGGACUAAGCGGAUCAGCAGACCUACCCAUGCCAGUGUCUCCCAGCGGCUUCACAGGACAGCCCCCGAUGUCUUCUCAAAAGAGUGGAGGAGAAUGGAAGAGUGGUUACACUGGGAAGUCGUGGGCUCCUGUCGCCACCACCCACACCGGUCGAUCAAGCAUCGGACAGCAGGUUACUGGAGACCGCACAAGUCAAGCAGAUGCGGAAGAAGCUCCAUCCUCUCCAAGCGGCGGCAUCAGCUCGAUCCGAGAGCGAUUCAGUGGUGCGGCUCCCAUGGGUGCUCCUGCUCCUUCUGGAGCCUUUGACCGCGGUCCACCACCGGCCCCUGAGCCGGACACCAGCAAUAAACCCAACCGGGGGAUACCAAUCCCUGGAUUAUCUGCACCGGCAGCGCAAUAUGAUGAGGAGGAAGUCGAGACGCAGCGCAUGCCCACACCACCACCACAACCUCGCAGCCCGACUCCACCAACUCCAGAGAUGCGACCAUCUUCACCAAUUCGGGUUGCCGUACCUAUCAGUGCGACUGCCCCAGUUGUUGACGCCCACGAAGAACUGGAAUCACCGCCACAGGCCUUACCGACGCAGUCACUGGCACGGGCCGUGGCAACAGCUGGUGGCGAAGAAUCUGACGAUGAACCGUCCAAUAAUCGAGACUUGGGCAGGGCAGCGGCACAAACAGCACUGGCGGCCAAUCUUGGACAGCAGGCUGCACAAUCUGCCCCAGCAGCCGCUCCACCACCGGCCGGAGGCGAGAGGGCAAGAGCCGAGUACGAAUAUGAAGCAGCGGAGGACAAUGAGGUCUCACUACGCGAAGGCGAACUCGUUACUGAUAUCCAGAAAAUCGACCCGGAUUGGUGGCUGGUCAAGAACGAAGCUGGAGAGACUGGACUUGUACCCAGCAAUUACCUUACUCUUCUCGAGAAUGAAGAUGAUGCAGGAGCCCAUGUCGCUCCAGCGGCUGUGAGAUCUCCCAGCCCACCUGCAGCUGCAGCUGCCGCUGCCAAAGGAGCAACGGCAACUGCACUCUACGAUUACGAGGCCGGGGAGGACAACGAGUUGUCAUUCCCCGAAAAUGCGACCAUCACCAACGUGACAUUCCCCGACGAAGAUUGGUGGCACGGGGAAUACAACGGCCGACAGGGAUUGUUCCCAGCAAAUUACACCAAGAUCGAUGGUUGAAAGAUUCUGGAUGAGCCAAUGGUAUUCCAGCAGGAGCGAGAUCUUGACAGUGGGAUGCUCUGAUGGCCUCGUAGGGUAUUCAGGACCCAAGUCUGGAUGUGGAGAUCAGAGAAGACUAAAUUUACAAAAAGUGCAAGCGUCUAGCUAUCUGCUCUCAAGCGAUCUGGUAGAUUCGGACACAACAAAGUAGCUCGUCUUCUGCAACAUUGAGAACAUGUUUUAAUCUCCAGUGAGUCAACUCAUCGUAAAUGCGUGAGUGCGGCAGAG